AUGAAAAUGGAGCCGGAUUUGUUAAUGACUCUCUCAGACCCAGGGAGCAAAUCGGAGCGGGCAUCGCUGCUGACUCUGUUUGCCGAGCAGAAUGGGAGGUAUCUCAUCAUGGAGCAGAGAGGGCAGCUGCCUAGCCCAGACCUGGUGCUGGUCCCCAGAGAGACGCCCCCGGACGCCCCUUUGUUCCUGGGGCCCUCUUUACAAGAGAGGGAGAGUGGGCCAGUGGUGCUAGAGCAGGUUUUGGGGGAGAUGAAGCUACCCGGGCUGGAUCCUACGCUGUUCUCAGAUAGGCCCAUUGAGUAUUUAUACCGCAUGGAAAAGCAGGAGAACGGCCUCUUGGACCAAGACACGACCGACCCAAUCAGCGACCUGGAACAAGAGUCAGGUGCAGGUGAUAAUCAUCAUGGUUGCCCCCAGAGUGAUUUUGAUUUGAACCUUUCUCUGGUGCAGGGUGCACUGGCCUCUGCUCAGAUCACAGAUUUGGAGGAGCAGUUCUUCUCUCUCGUGCUGGACCAGGCUGUUUCUUCUCCUCUUCGGGAUUUACAACUCAGGAGUGCUGGGCUAAGUCCAAAGGAUUCAAACAAGGGAGAAAGCUUUCCUGAAAGCAGCGAAAUCCUGCAAGCAGAAGGGGAGUUUUACUUAGGAAUGGAGACCUCCCAGGAGGAGAACCACUCUGAAGGACUCACUCCAACUUCCCCUUGGACUAAAGAGACAGAAGAUUACAUAUCCCAAAGCUGCCAGGAGAUACUUUUAAGUACCCAGGAUUUGUCCCAGAUUGACAAGGAGAUGGACCUCUUCCCCACUUUCCAUUCCUCUAGCAACCUGAGCCAGCCCCCGGAGUUUGCCCAGCCUGAUUCCAUAACUAAUGACUCUCCAGGCUGUCAAGAAGAGGAGCCCCGUCUCCGAGCUGUGUUUGAUGCCCUAGACCAAGAUGGGGAUGGCUUUGUGCGGAUAGAGGAGUUUGUUCAGUUUGCUACAGUCUAUGGUGCAGAACAGGUGAAGGACCUAACAAAAUAUCUAGACCCCAGUGGACUUGGAGUAAUCAGCUUUGAAGACUUCUAUAGGGGAAUCAGUGCUAUCAGAAAUGGAGAUUCUGACAGCCAGUUGUAUGAGAUGGGGUAUACCCAUGAGGAGGAACCUUCUGUCUGUCCUGAUGAGUUUGAUGACUUCGUCACGUUUGAGGCAAAUGAGGUGACUGACAGUGCCUACAUGGGCUCAGAGAGCACUUACAGCGAGUGUGAAACCUUCACAGACGAGGACACCGGCACGCUGGUACAUCCCGAGAUGCACGAUGAAGUAGAAACGGACAGUGCUAUUGAUUCCACGGUGCACUCAGAGUUCACCGAUCCUAUAGAGGAUCCAGAGAAUGGAUCCCACCCACAUGACCUACCCUUGAGCUCAGACCUCAACAAUCACUCCAUCGUUACCGUAAUUAGUGGGGAGGAGCACUUCGAGGAUUACGGAGAAGGGAAUGAAGCAGAUUUGUUCUCAGACAGCCUGUGUAACGGAGGAACCAGCUUUAGCAGCUCCUCUUUCCUUUCUCCCAGCGUCAACCCGCUCAUUGCGAAACUGCACAGCAUUAUCACUGAUGAGGCAUUUGAGUUUUACUGUAGCCAGUGCCACAAACAAAUCAACCGCCUCGAGGAUCUUUCUGCUCGCCUGAAUGAUCUUGAAAUGAAUAGUCCAAAUAAAAGCCUCUCAAGCAAGAAGGUAGCAAGGCACUUACAUCAGACGGGCACCCUGACUGCGGAUGCUAUGGAAGAACCUUUCUGUGACCACAUGGAGUGUGCAGAUGAGGACAUCACUGACAAGGUUGUCUUCCUGGAGAAGAGGGUAACAGAGCUGGAAAAGGACACAGCUGCAAAUGGAGAGCAGCACAGUCGGUUAAAACAUGAAAACCUGCAGCUGGUGCACAGAGCUAAUGCCCUGGAGGAACAGCUGAAGGAGCAAGAGUUGAAAGCAGAUGAGAUGCUCCUAGAGGAAAUCAGAAAACAAAGAGAGCUCCUGACCAGGAUGGAGAGAGAGAAGAGUAUUGAGAUUGAGAAUCUGCAAGCCAGACUGCAGCAGCUGGAGGACGAGAACAGCGAGCUGAGAUCCUGCGUCCCUUGUCUGAAAGCCAGUAUCGAGAGGCUGGAGGAGGAGAAGCAGAAGUUGUUAGAUGAGAUAGAAGACCUCACUGCUCAACUCAAUGAGGAGCAGGAAAGCAAGAGAAAGAUGGGAGACAAACUGACCCAGGAGAGACACCAAUUCCAGAAGGAGAAGGAGUCCACUCAGGAGCUGAUUGAGGACCUCCGAAAGCAGCUGGAGCACCUGCAGCUGUUCAAACUUGAAGCGGAGCAGCGAAGAGGCAGAAGCAGCAGCGUGGGUCUCCAAGAGUACAAUAGCAGGACGCGGGAGACGGAGCUGGAGCAAGAGAUUAGGCGGCUCAAGCAGGAUAACCGCAAUCUGAAAGAACAAAAUGACGAGCUGAAUGGACAGAUUAUAAACCUUAGCAUUCAGGGAGCCAAGAACCUCUUCUCAGCUUCCUUCUCCGAGUCCCUGGCUGCAGAAAUCAGCUCGGUCUCCAGAGACGAGCUCAUGGAGGCAAUUCAAAAGCAGGAGGAGAUUAACUUCCGCCUGCAAGACUACAUUGACAGGAUCAUUGUGGCCAUCAUGGAAACCAACCCAUCCAUCCUGGAAGUCAAGUAA